ACUACUCACUCAUCACUCUAAAAUCUAAAUCACAUUCCUAUGGCUCCCUUCUCAGAACUUCUCUCUUUCCUUUUCCUUACAACCCUCUUAUUUUCUCUCCAAGUCCAUUCUAGAGAGAGUCAAUUCUUCAGCAAAGUCACACAUGUCAACAACAAUGAAGAACCAUUAAACAAACCACAACAACAACAACAGCCAGUUUUCAUCCCAGAAACUGAAAACAGUUAUGGCUUAUACGGUCAUGAAUCUGGUCUACACCCUCCAACAACAACCACCACAAACAAUGCUGUUCCCAACACUUACCAAUCAUAUGAAAAAACAUCAUCACAAAAUGAAAACAACAAUUACUUCACCACCUUCCAGAAAGAUUCUUAUGGCAGCAACAACAACAACAAGUACCCAAAUGAAAUCAGUGACACAAAACUCACAGCCACACCAAAUUCUUACAACAACAAUUACGACAAGUAUUACUACAACAACAACAAGUAUGCUUCUAAUGAUCUUAGCAACACAAAGUUCCCGGAACAAGGAUACAACUCAAUGGAAAACCAAAACAACAACAAUAACAAUAACAAGUAUUACUACAACAACAACAAGUAUGCUUCUAAUGAACUUAGCAACACAAAGUUUCCAGAACAAGGAUACAACUCCAUGGAAAACCGGAACAACAACGACAACAACAAUAACAAGUAUUACUACAACAACAAUGUUGCUGCUACUGCUACUGACAAAUACAACUUCAAAACCAACGGUGCUAGUAACAACAAUUACAACAACGGUGAGAGACAAGGAAUGAGUGACACAAGAGUUAUGGAAGGUGGAAAAUAUUUUUACGAUGUUAACUCUGAGAAAUACAACCCAACAUCAUUCAAUGGAGAUUCAUCUAAUGGAGUUGUGAACACUGAGAAUUGGUACAACAAAAAGGGUUACUUUGGUAGUAACAACAAUGUGAACACUUAUGAGAAUAACAAGAAUUCUAUGAAUGGUUAUCAGAAUCAAGAGGAGUUUGAGAGUGACCAAGAAGAAUUUGAGCCUUGAUCGAUUGAAACAAAGUGAAGAGAGUUCAUUAUUAUCCUCUUUUGAAUUUUGGAUGUGGUUGUUCAAUGUUUUAAUGCAUUUUAGAUUAAAAAAAAAAAGUUUAAAGAUAGGGUAAUUAAGUUAUGAAUGGGUCUAUUUUAGUGUUUUGUUUACUCUUGUCUUGUUACUUUUGAAAUUGCACAGUGUAUGUUAUGAUUUAUGAAAGCAUGUUUAUUUUGUGCUAUUAGUUAUCAAGAAGCUUAUAACUAUUAUUAUUGUGAAGAGGUACAUUGUUUGUGUUUUUUCUACUUUACUUUAUUUUUCUUCUUUUUAUCAUUAAAAGGAAAAAGCUUGUGAUUUGUUUU